AUGGGAGGUGCUCGAUCCCCGCCAUCGCCAGGCUCUCCUCCCCCUAUGCACUCCUCUGGCAGCCCGAUAAAUCACGACGCCGCCACGCCGCUGCCGAAGAUCGUCUCUUUCGGCCGCUCUUCGAUCAACAGCCCGAGAGCAAGCCAGUCCCGCGACCAGAUGAACGAGACCUCGCCGCUCCUGUCUGCCCGGACCUCGGAUGAUGAGGGCAGCCGUUUGAAACCCGUUGCCUCGCCGUUCAGCGACGAUGGCUGGGACGCUGAGCCUGGGGAGGAGACAAAGAGCACUUGGUACCUGCUGCUACUGACUCUGGGCUCCGGAGGACUGCAAAUAGCAUGGUCCGUUGAGUUGUCAUAUGGAUCUCCGUACCUAUUAUCUCUCGGCCUGAGCAAGUCUCUGCUUGCUCUCGUAUGGAUCGCCGGCCCGCUUUCGGGGACGCUGGUGCAGCCGUACGUCGGUCUCAAGAGCGACAACUGCAGGUUGAAAUAUGGGAAAAGACGGCCGUUUGUAAUCGGCGGCGCCAUCUCGACCAUCAUAUCGUUGUUCUUUUUAGCGUGGGCCAAAGAAAUAGUGGCCGGCUUCUUGUCCAUUUUCGGCGUACCCUGGGAUUCGCCUGCGACGAGCACCACCACGAUCCUCUUUGCUGUUCUGAUGGUAUACGUCCUCGACUUCGCCAUCAACGUCCUGCAGGCCGCUCUCCGGGCUUUCGCAGUAGACUGUGCGCCGACGCAUCAGCAAGAAUCAGCUAAUGCAUGGUUCAUACGAUGUUCUGGAAUAGGCAAUAUUCUCGGCUACCUCUCCGGAUACGUCGAUCUCCCGACGCUGUUCCCUUUCUUCGGGAACACGCAGAUGAAAGUCCUUUGCGCAAUCGCCUGCAUCGCGCUAGCCGCUACCGUGACAACAACCUGCGCCACCAUCUCGGAGCGUGACCCGCGAAGUGAAGGUCCACCUGCCGCUUCGGGUGGUCUAACAAGCUUCUUUAAGAACCUCUUUUGGUCUGUGCGUCAGCUACCGCCUCAGGUGUCUCGAGUUUGCCAGGUUCAGCUCGCGGCAUGGAUUGGAUGGUUCCCUUUCCUGUUCUACACUACAACAUACGUCGGGGAAAUCUACGCUGAUUCGUUCUUUCGGGAAAAUCCUCACAUGUCCGAGGACGAAAUCAACAAAGUGUGGGACAGAGGAACUCGUAUGGGAACCCUUGCGCUUCUCAUAUUCGCCAUUACCACCUUCAUUGCUAGCGUUUUCCUCCCCCUGAUUGUAGCGCCAACCUUUAAGGCACCGGUUCCCGAACCCACCACUCCUCUCACGCCGACCAGUUCCCACGCCAGCGGUGGCUACUUCGGCCUGAAAAAGAAUAAAGGGAGCAAGUCGUCUUUCGCACAACAUUUCAGCGUACUCGACCACCUGCAAAUCAAGUCGCUAACCCUCCGCCGCACCUGGCUCCUCUCACAUUUCAUGUUCGCCGCGCUCGUCUGGAGCACCAUCUUCGUUCACUCCACCGUCGGCGCCACCAUCAUCGUCGCCCUCAUCGGCAUCCCCUGGGCCGUCACUAAUUGGGCCCCCUUCGCCCUCAUCUCGCAAGAAAUAUCCAAGCGCGACGCCAUCCGCCGCGGCAUGCUGCGUGCCCCCGCCAACGACCGCGACGCCGCCCUGCUUGCCGCCGGCGAAGAUGACGCCACCGCCGACCAGGCCGGAGUCGUUCUUGGCAUCCACAACGUCGCCAUCGCCGCACCUCAGGUCAUCGCCACCCUCUUCAGCUCUAUCCUUUUCAAAGCCCUGCAGAAGCCGAGGGGAACCCCUGGCGAUGAUAGCGUCGGGUGGGUGCUACGCUUUGGAGGGUGUUGCGCCAUCGUUGCUGGGUUCUUGACGAAAAGAGUCUUCGAAGAGAACCAGGCCGUCCUAGAAGCGGCGGGGGCGCUGCAGCAGAGCUUUCCAGAGGACAGGGACGAAAGAUGA